ACUAAGUCAUGCAACCGGCGUUUCUUCUCCGCUGCCAAGUGCCCCCUUACACUCACCAGUCACCGCUACUCAUCAUUGAGAAUCACCGUUUUCCUCAUAACUCCAAAAGUUUCAACUAUAUGUAUAUAGGCAGUGCUAACUAGUAAUUAAGCUCUCUUGCAUGUCAAAAAUGGCUUCCAAAUUGCUACUCAUCAUCACCUAUCUCUCUUUCUCUAUUCUCUUCUGCGUAUCUGUAUCCACAACCUCCCAUCAUUCCCAUCCACCCACCACAACCAAUUACAAACCCAACCUGCUGGUUCUACCGGUUCACAAGGACCCAACCACAGGGCUUCCAUGGGCCCACGUUCACAAGAGAACACCUAUGACCCUGGUGCCACUCCUUCUGGAUCUUAACGGCAAUCACAUGUGGAUCAACUGCCAAACCCACUACGCCUCCAGAACCUACCAAGCACCCUCUUGCCACUCCACCCAAUGCUCCACAGCCACCACCACCCUCAUGUCCACCAACCCCAUCACCAAACAGAUCGUCGUGUCUGAGCUCGCCCAAGACGUCCUCGCCAUCAACGCCGCCGCCAACAACGGCCCCAGACUGGGCCCCACGGUCUCCGACCCUCAGUUCCUCUUCUCAUGCGCGCCUGCCUCCUUGGUCCAGAAAGGCCUGCCCAACAAUGUUGAAGGGGUUGUUGGGCUGGGCCACGGGCCCAUUUCCCUCCCUAACCAACUCGCAUCACACUUCGGUUUGCAGCGCCAAUUCACACUUUGCCUUUCUCGCAACCCAACCUCCACGGGGGCUGUACUAUUUGGGGACCCACAGAAGCUUUUCGGUUACACUAACAAGAAAUUCGAUCUUUCACGUGAUCUUCUUUACACUCCACUAACCGUCAGUCCGCAAGGAGAGUACUACAUGGAAAUCAGCUCCAUUAGAAUCAACGGCCGCUCCGUCUUCCCAGUGACUCCUUCGUCGUCUCCGAGUGGUAUGCUUGGGGCUACACUGAUUUCAACCACAGCACCUUACAUGGUUCUGCACCACACCAUAUUCGAAACGUUCAGGCAAGUUUUCGUGAAACAGUUUCCGAUGCAGGGGCAGGUGAAUGCGGUGGCGCCGUUCGGGUUGUGUUACGAUUCAAAGAGGAUAAACAACGCAAAACCUCCUAGCGUGGAUAUGGUGGUGAAGGUGGAGAAGAGCCGCCGUGAGGUUUCGUGGAGUAUCUCCGGCGAUAACUUAAUGGUGCAGGCGCGGCCAGGGGUGACGUGUUUGGGGGUCGUGAAUGGAGGGACGAGUCCUAGAGCAGCCAUAGCCAUAGGGACACGUCAGCUGGAGGAGAAGGUAGUGGUGUUCGACCUGGUGAAGUCGAGAGUGGGGUUGAGCUCUUCCCUCUGCUCACGCGGAAGGAGCUGUUCUGACCUCUUCGGCUUCGCUAACAAAUCAUAGAUGAUGAGGGAGAGAUCAGAUAGAACCAUAUAUAUCAUAAGCUUCUCUGCUUGUAAUGGUUACGAUAAUAAUAAU